AUGGAUGUACCAAACAAUUUAAAGCUAGUCGUUGAAAAAGUGGAAGAGACUCAUAAUGACUACCUCUGUGAUUUUAAACAUUCUCUGAGGGUGUCUGAUAAUAAUACAUAUUGUUACAGUUACAAUGUAACUAUUCUUGUAAAACUUGAAAAUGUUUACAUCAGCUAUUCAGUUGAUCUUCCAAAUUCUAAUGGAAAAAUUGUUCCUUUCAUCAAGAAGGCUACAAUUGACAUAUGCAAAUUUUACCAAAAUCAUAAAGGAAACAAAUUGCUAAACUGGUUUUAUAAAAAGAAUACUUCUGGAGUGAGAAACCUCCCAACUUCUUGUCCAAUCGAACCAGGAAAUAUAUCCUUAGAGGAUUUGGCGAUAGAUGAAAGUUUCUUGGCAUACGCAGUUGCACGAUCGAAAUUGUUCAUAACAAUCGAAUUCAGUACGAAAAUAAAUGGAAAAAUGGUCAUUGACUUUUGCAUCAGCAUUGUAAUGAGUUUAUUUAAAAUAGAUUUGAUGUUUGUAUGUUUGAACAAUAAAGUGUGA